AAAAAAAAAAAAAAAAAAAAAGAGAGAGAGAAAAGAAAAUGUUUGAUCUCAACGUUAGCUUAGAAAUGUGCUGCGUGACACGAGGUGAAUUAAGUGAAUUCGAUAAAGAAAAAAUCUUUAUGUAAAGGAAUUAUUUCUUAAACAUGUAAUCUUUCUUCUUCGUGUGUAACAUUGUAUUAUUGUAUUUAAAUAAUGGUGCUUUGGAUUAUUUCCUUCACGGCAAUUGUUUUGCACAUCACUAUUGUACAAAGUAAACUAGUGCCACAAGGUUAUUGUGCCCUUUAUAAUGGCAAAAUAUGCAAAAAAUAUCUCACAGGCAUUGGAAAAGUAUGGUUUAAUAAUUCAUUCGAUAAUCCUGGUGGAUGGUUAAACGAACAAAUAACGACGGAUUUAUGGGAAGAAAUAAUAGAAACUCUUGUAGAACCAUGUCGUUCAGCGGCCGAACAAAUGCUCUGCUUAUAUGCCUUUCCAAGAUGCCAUGAAUCGGUAGGACUGCCAUUGUGUUACGAAGAUUGCGUAGCGGUACAUCAUUUUUGUUUCAAUAACUGGAUAAUAAUCGAGGACCAAAAGCAAAAAGGAAUUUAUAUCAGGUCACGUGGCCAUUUUAGUUUACCAGAUUGUCAAAGUUUACCAAGGAUAGUCAAAGGAAAAGUCACUUGUUCGGAGGCCUAUUUAACCGAUAUAAAACAAGAACUUGUCACUUAUGACUGUAUCAAAGGUAAUGGUAGAUAUUACAUGGGAAAAUUGAAUAAAACAAAAGGUGGAUUAGAUUGUCAACCAUGGAGUGCUCAAGUUCCACAUAAUCAUGAUAAACCACCAGAUAUUUUUCCACAAAUUCAAAAGGAUGAAAAUUAUUGUAGAAACGUAGAUGGCAUUGAAUCUAUGCCAUGGUGUUUCACUAUGGAUCCUGAGACACGCUGGCAACAUUGUGAUAUUCCUAUAUGUGAUAAUACCACAGAUACAAUAAUUGAAAUUGAUCCAAAAGAUUUGACAAUAUAUACAAUUAUCACUCCAUCAUUUAUAUUAGCACUCUCUUCAUUGGGAUUUGUAAUCAUUGCUGGGACUGUACUUUCUAUACUGUUAAGGCGAAGACUUCAUAAAAGACAUCAAGGAUAUAAUCCAACUGAAAGUCAGGAUGUUAAUAUUGAUUUGGACAAAUUGCCAAGCAAUGAAGCGUAUCAUAAGACAAGUGCAAAACUUAAUCCAAAAUUGGAGAAACUUGAAUUUCCACGAAAUAAUAUUAUUUAUGUACGAGAUUUAGGUCAGGGUGCCUUUGGUCGAGUAUUUCAGGCAAAAGCACCUGGUCUUGUGCCGGGUGAAGAAUUCACAAAUGUUGCGGUAAAAAUGUUGAAGGAAGAAGCGUCAGAUGAUUUGCUCGUAGAUUUUGAGAGAGAAGCAUGUUUGCUCGCGGAAUUUAAUCAUCCAAAUAUUGUUAAGUUGUUGGGUGUGUGUGCAUUAGGACGUCCAAUGUGUCUCUUAUUUGAAUAUAUGGGACGUGGUGAUUUAAAUGAAUUCCUACGCUCUUGUUCGCCCGGGAAUUACAUUAUUCGAAGCUUAGAGAGAGAUGGUACAUUCACAGACUCUCAACUAUCGCAUAUGGAUUUAAUUAAUAUAGCUUUGCAAGUAGCAUCUGGAAUGGUAUAUUUAUCGGACAGAAAAUUUGUACAUCGAGACCUUGCUACUAGAAAUUGUUUAAUAAACGAUCAAAUGAUCGUAAAAAUUGCGGAUUUUGGAUUAUCUCAAAAAAUAUAUCUUCAAGAUUACUAUAAAGGCGAUGAACAGGAUGCUAUUCCAGUUAGAUGGAUGCCUCUUGAGAGCAUACUUUAUAACAAAUACACUGUUGAAUCUGAUGUGUGGGCUUUUGCUGUAUGCUUGUGGGAAAUUUUUAGUUUUGCGCUUCAACCAUACUACGGAAUGACUCAUGAAGAAGUUGUUAAGUACAUCAAAGAAGGCAACGUUCUCCAAUGUCCCGAUAAUACACCUUUGUCGAUAUAUGAAUUAAUGAAACUUUGUUGGAAUAGAAGACCAUCCGACAGGCCUACAUUUAGAGCAAUUUAUGAACGACUCGAUACGAUAAAACACGAAAUAGAAGCAGAGAAUAAAACGGACAGUGUGGCUUUGCGCAUUCAUGUCUGAAUACAAAUGGAGCAGUGCAUGAUUAAUUAUAUAUAUAUAUGUGUGUGUGUGUGUGUGUAUAUAUAUAUAUACAUAUAUAUAUAUAUAUAUAUUAAUGUAAUAACUAAUAUAUUACUUACUCCACAUUAAAGGUAAGUAAUUAUUAAAAUGUAAAUGUUACAUACAAAGGCCUUCUUUGUUAUAUUUGUUAUGUCACGUUAAUGGCAUAUCGCUAAGAAUAUUUAUAAAAAAUGUGGCUAUUACAUAUAUUAGUAAUAACUAUGUUGAUCUGAGAAUAUCAUUAGCAAAAUGCUUUUGAGUACAUGCGAAAACUAAUUCAUACGUUUACUGUUUUCUGGAUAAAAAGUAGUUUAAUAUCCUAUGGCAUAGAUGUAUACAAAUAAUUUAUAUCUUUAUAUAAUGAAAAAGUGCUGUAUUUGAAUUAAACAUACCGGCUUGAAAUAUCGUUUAAAAUUUUGAAAUAUUAACGAUUGCAAGGAUUGGAAAGAUUCUUGUGGAAUUGAUCAGCUACUAAAUCGCUAUUGCAAUACAAAUUUUCAAAGUUUAAUUUCACAUUCUAUCGUCCUAACUAUUCAUAUUUAUAAUCAGUGGUGUGAUAUCAUGAAUAUGAGCGACUAUUAUUUAGCAAAUACACGUACAUAACCAUAAAUAUUAUACAAAUGUUUUAGGAUGAUUGUAAAAGGAAACUGCCCUAAUAUAUUUACAUUUUGUAUAUCUCUUUAUAUGUUUUGCUAUGCAGAUUUAUAUGUAUAUUAUGCAACAUUCCAGAACAGUAUGUGAAUCAUAAUCGAUAUCGUGCAGAAAGUAAUGCUUUAUAAAAAAUCAUUAUAUAAUUUCACAUCAUAUAAAUACACAUGUUGAAUUUGUGUGUAUAAAUAUGCAUGAACAUUAAAUGCAUUUUUGUUUACUCACAAGUUAUACGAGUAUGCAUGUACAUUCAUUUAAAGGAAUGCUUAAAACAUUCCAUUUCCAUUUAUUUUAAGAAAUUAUUUUAAUAAUAUAAUUAUAUACCGAACAGAUAAAAAACAGAGAUAUAACGCAAGACCUAUUAAUUUAUACUCUGAACUAAAUAAACUUAAGACUGAACAAAAAGAUAUAUGACCAAAGUAAAAAAUUAUUUUUAAGACCUGUUAGUAAAAUAUAGAGAUCCAAAAAAUUCGCAAUAUAAAACUUGAUUGUGCAUUUUAUGGUUUUGUCUUUGUGAUAAUAUUAAAUUAGCUCCAAUGCUUUGAUCUAUACUCAAAUUUUUUUCUUGUUAAAUAUAUUAGAUCGUUGCUAUAGCAAAAAUAUAACUUAAUGUGUGCUAUAAGAAUUAUGUCAAGGAAAAUUACUAUGAGGAAUGUUGAACCAAAGAGAGCAUGUAUGUAAGUGAGUAUACUGUUAUAUGUAAAAUUUUGAAAGUAAAUUAUAUUACGGUACUGUAAAACAA